AUGAGCCGUGCUUGGUGGAUUCUGCCUUUGGUUGCUGUGGCGUUGGGCCAGCCGCGCGACUGCAGGCAUGGCAAGUAUGACAACAAUACGCAGAAAUGCAUUUGCGACAAGCACUGGGCCACAGCCGGUAUCACCGACACCGUGGACUUCCUGGAAGGGGUCUGCGAGCAGUUCCGAUGUGAAAGCGACCAGCAGUGCCGCAAGCUUCUAGGAGAUUUUGCUUCAUGCCCGGUCCCGAACUGGAAUUGCUACUGCGGGUGGGGAAAAUCCUACGAGAAUGGAUAUCGCGGCUUCGAAAACAAAGGAGCAGAAUGCAUGGGCUUGAUGUACACGUUCUCUGUUUGGACCACGCGCACAGUGUUGGACGUGUACGAGCAUGCUUGGAAGGUCUUUCUUUGCGUGUCCAUCGUCUUCAUCGCUUUUGGAAGGAAGCGAGUACGAUGCGAUCAUCAUGACACGUCGCUUUGGAACGACGUACUGUGGAUGUGCGGGUCUCCUUCCGAUUGUGAAGGCGGAUGUCCCAUGGCACCAGAGCCUUUGGAUGUGGUUUUCGAUGAGUUCGCUUGGAGCAUCUACAUCCUCAGCCUGGGGGUGUGGUUCCACGUGGCGCUGAUGGUUGUCUACCUGCUUGCGUUUUUUGUGUGGUCUGUUUUGCUCUGGGCGAUGGUGAUGAUCAUGUUGGUUGUUGCCGCAAUUGCGGGCCUUUGUGUCCUUUGCGGCUGCGCUGGGGGUGGGGGUGAAGGCAGCGUCGACUGUUGCGAUGCAGGAUGCUGCGAUUUCUCAUCCUGCGGUUCGUGUGGUCCUGCAGAUUGCUGCUGCUGUUUCGGCGAUGGUGCAAUAGGUGCGUCGCCCACGGAUGGCCUGAUGUAUUGGUCGGGUCCCUACCCUGGCCCCUACGAUGGCGGCUCAUGCGAUUGUUGCUAUCCGGUAUCCUCAACGCAGCAUGGCCGGGGCAGCUGCUGCUUCAUAUUUGCCGCACCUUUCGCGUGGCUGGUGAGGAGGUUUCCACGCAUGCCUGACAAUGCUUGGGGCGGGCUGCUGGGGCGCUUGUUUGGCACGCAUCGCCAAGCACCACCAGAGCGGCUUUACCAAGGUGGCUCUCGCAUCAUCGAUUUCUUCUCUUUGCAGUGGAUGAGGCCGGAGGGCGACCUCCACCAUGACACGACCUGGCGGAGCCAAGUUGCCGAGUUUGUUUUGAACCAGGCAGUCACCAGGUACGCGGACACGGAUCAUUCAGGCGAUGGGUCCGAGCUUGAGCAUGCGCCCCUCACUCGUGGACGUCGACCGCAAUAUGUCGGGUUGGCCACCUGCAUUCACUUGAACGGACCUUUCCAGCGGGAGAGAGACAGCUGCGUUCCAUCGUCGUGGGAAGACUAUGAAGCGAAUUUGUGCUGGAUUUGUCAGGACGGGAAUGCCGAGUGGGACCUUUGGUUGUCCUGCGGCCACAUGUUCUGCAAGAGAUGCUCAGAGACGAUGCUCAGGAGGCGGAUGCCUUGCCCAUUGUGCAGAAGAGCUUCAACGGUCGUGCAGCGUGGAUUCAAACACGAGGUGGCGAGCCGCGGAGCGUGA